AAGUCGUCAGUUGAAUCAAGUUAUCAACUUCCAAAAUUUUACUACUUCAAUUUGCUCUCUUCCUAUAUUAUUUUUUCUACCUUUCAGCUGCAUUUUCUCAAGAUACUUUAUCACCUGGAUUUUUAAGACCAAUCUUUUUUCAUUUCAACUACAAAAAAGGCAACUACUUGGCUACUGCUUACUUAUAAGCAACAGAAAAAGCUGUAUUAGUCUUUCUCCUCCUAUAUCUGCUUCUGCAAAGUGUGUGAGUGGUACUACCAUAUGCAAACAUCUCAGCUUAAUUGCACUACUAGUGGUGUACACGGGUUCUACAACCAGCAUGCCCCUGAAAUGACACCUUAUUGCUCAUCCCAUUACCAAGCCUUGAACAAGAACAUGUACCCUGAUAAUACUACAAAGGGAAACCAGAUCAUUUCUUUCCAAACAUUCGAUGAAGGGUUUGUCACAUUGGACUCUUCUCCAAAUAUUGGCCUUUAUACCAACUAUGAUUCACCCUCUGGGGUCAGCACGUCAUCCAACAGAAGCCAGGUUUCUCCGCAAUGUUCUCAGUCAUACAUUUCAGACCCUCAGCAGUCUUCUGAUAACACUUAUGGUUCCCCGACCAGUGGCUCUUCUGUAGUAGACGACAAUACUGAACUUAGAAACCGACUCAGAUAUCUCGAGCGCUCUCUUAUGGGGCCUGAUUUACCACACGGGUCUGAUGGACACUAUUGCUCUUUGAGCCAUCGAGGUAAUGUUUGCAUCUCGUCAUCACAUUCAAACCAACUGAUGGAGAUGCUCCCUAAAAUGGAACUCAAACAGGUGCUGUAUUUAUGUGCACAAGCUGUGUCAGAGAACGACCUAUCAACAUCUGAAACACUGAUGGAUGCUUUAGGGAAUCUGGUCUCAGUAUGUGGGACCCCAAUCCAACGGUUGGCCGCAUAUAUGCUUGAAGGACUGAGAGCAAGGCUAGAAUCCUCAGGCUACACUAUCUACAGGAAGCUAAGGUGUGAGCAACCAACAAGCUCUGAGCUUCUCUCGUACAUGCACGUUUUGUACCAGUUUUGCCCUUAUUUCAAAUUUGCGUACAUGUCCUCAAAUCUUGUCAUCCAAGAAGCAGUGGGGAAUGAGGGGAGCAUUCACAUCAUAGAUUUCCAAAUUGGGAUGGGAACACAAUGGAUCUCAUUAAUUCAAUCUCUUGCUAAUCGGCCCUGUGGUCCCCCACUUGUUCGUAUCACCGGAGUUGAUGACUCCCAGUCAGCUUAUGCUCGAGGAGCAGGGCUUGAAGUUGUAGGAUUGAGACUAUCAAAGCUGGCUGAAUCAUGUGGUGUACCCUUUGAAUUCCAUGCUGCAGCCAUGUCAGGUUGCCAAGUUAAAAGGGAGAAUCUAAAGGUUCAGUCUGGAGAAUUUUUGGCUGUGAAUUUCCCCUACAUGUUACACCACAUGCCAGAUGAGAGUGUGAGCACAGAAAACCAUAGAGACCGGCUGUUAAGGCUAGUUAAGAGUUUGUCACCUCGAGUAGUCACUGUAACUGAGCAAGAGUCCUAUACAAACACGUCUCCAUUCUUACAACGUUUUGCUGAGACUUUGGAUUACUACACCGCGAUGUUUGAGUCAGUUGAUGUGGCUCUCCCUCGGGAUGACAAAAAGAGGAUAAAUGCAGAGAUGCAUUGUCUUGCACGUGAUAUUGUUAAUAUGGUAGCCUGUGAAGAUGCUGAAAGGGUGGAAAGACACGAGCCGUUUGGUAAAUGGAGGGCGAGGUUUAGCAUGGCUGGUUUUACUCAAUUGCCCUUGAGUUACUCAGUGAAUGAGUCAAUCAGGGGUUUGAUGAAGGAGUUCCAUGAGAAUUUUAGGGUGGAAGAGUGGCAGGGAGCACUUUUUCUGGGUUGGAAGAACCGCAUUUUGUCAUCCUCCUCCGUGUGGAGGUAGUAAUUCUAAGUCGUCGAUCACUGAUCAAACUAAUUAAAUGGCUCGGAGUCUUUGUAAAGUUCUCGCUCGCCUCUCCUCUCCUCUCCUUGACCAGUUCAAAUUUUGCUUCCUUUAUAGCGGGAAUUGGGAUAGGGGAGCUCUGCUGCCUAUUAGUCAGUUUCUCAGUAGGGUAACAACAGUUCACACAACUUUGGUUUUGUUUGUGCAACACCAAUAUCAUCUGCUUUACUAAAUAUGUUAGAAACACAACUGAGUUGGGAUUGGUCGUUGGGGCCAUAGUUUCAUCUGUAUUCAUAGUUGAAUUGUAGUUUAAAGAAAUGCUACUGAUAUACUAGUAAUUGUAAAAUGUGUGGCUAUUAUGAAUUUCUGGGUAUCUUUGGUUGUACCUUGUAUUUUCAGCUGAAUAUUUGUGGCAGCCAACAACAAAACAAGCUAUUAUAAUUUAUUGGUACUAUAUGUUGAUGUA